ACAAUUCCUAGCGCACAUAUUCUGUCUGCAGCUUCCGGUUGCCAAAUAUGAACUAGCUUUUCCGAAGAACGUCAAAUAACAACGGAAUUUCAACCUUCUGUCAAUGCAGAAUGUUAUGCUGAAGUUACAUUAAUGUCACUCUUGUUUUCAAGGCUCUACAGGAUAAGCAGAUGCUGUAAUUUCUGUGAUGUAACAGCCAACAGUUCCAAAUUGACAAUGUCCUGGAACAUUCCACGAUUCCGUUCUUGAAAAGUACCGUAAUUUACAACAGUACCGAUCCACUUUUAAAUGGUGCAUGAAGACGUCGGAACGUCAGACAUGUCGUCCUCCCUCCGCCCAGUCCUCAAGCUAAAGGUGGACGAGCUCUUCCUGAGAUGGCUCAGCGAAGCGGACACCCAGGAAAACCUCCGCGAGAACCUGAAGCUGGUUGCGCGCGGAGAGAGCGUCAACACGAACAAUAACGCAUCCUUCCAGUAUCGUUCUGGUGGAGGGAGUCCGGCGUCUCCGUUGUUGAGGAUCGGUUCUCCUUCGACGCCUCCUUGCUCGCCCCCGCCUCCUCCGGCAGCCUCACCAAGCCCACGGAGUCCGAGGAGGAAAAGUAGCCUGUCCAGACUGUCGAACUCACUGUCUAGGAGCCAAGCUGCCAAGUUUUUCCGAGACCAACGUCAGUCUCAGUCCCCAGCUCUGAAGGUCCAUGUUCCACCGUUCUACUUCCCUAUGGGUCGACCGGUGCCCAGCGAGGAGAAUGAGGAAGUCAUCCAACGCGUCUCGCAACUCUUCGCAUCCUUGCCGGAGGAGAGAGCUUACAAGCAUCAGAUGGACAGAGUUGCCAUGGCUUGUAAAUGUCCACAGUACUGGAAGAUGCCAUUGUUUAUUGCAGCUGGGGGCGAAAAGGUCGGCUACGUCACGUCACACAUGUAUCUCACAAUGUGGAGAAGAUUAAUACGAGAUUGCCAUGACGAUGCUGCGAGGCUGUUCCGUCUUCUAGCCAAGCCGGGCUGCAGUUAUCUAGUUCCAGAAGACUUUUAUCCUUUCAUUCAGGAAGUGGUUGACACACACCCUGGCCUAACAUUUCUCCUUGAUGCCCCAGAAUUCCAUUCCAGAUACAUUCAUACAGUGAUAGCUAGAAUAUUUUACUGCGUCAACAGAACGUGGAACGGUAGGAUCACGCUACCUGAACUCAGGAAAAGUAACUUGUUAUCGGUUGUAGCACUUCUUGAGGAGGAGGAUGACAUCAAUCAGAUCUUGGAUUACUUCUCCUACGAGCAUUUCUACGUCGUCUACUGCAAGUUUUGGGAGUUGGACACCGAUCAUGACUUGUUCAUUGACAAGAAGGAUCUUAGUAGACACAACGAUCACGCUCUUUCUUCCAGGAUCAUUGACAGGAUAUUUUCCCCUGGUGCAGUACUCAGUCCUGAGUCUGUUAGGGAAGGCAGGAUGAGCUAUGCUGAGUUUGUUGCGUUUCUCUUGUCAGAAGAGGACAAGAAGACUCCAAUGAGCAUUGAGUACUGGUUUCGGUGUAUGGAUAUGGACGGGGACGGUUACCUCUCCAUGUAUGAACUGGAAUACUUCUACGAAGAGCAGAUUAAUAAGAUGGAAGCGCUAGGAAUCGAGACUCUACCAUUCCAAGAUUGUCUGUGUCAGCUUCUAGAUCUAGUCAAACCCCAACGGCCCGAUCGGAUCUCCCUGCGUGACCUCAAGCAAUGCAAGUUGGCUUACAUCUUCUACGACACGCUGUUCAAUCUGGAGAAAUACCUGGAGCAUGAGCAGCGAGACCCCUUUGCCUGUAACAGAGACGCGGAGAAUGAGGAACCGGAACCCACGGAUUGGGAGAAAUACGCCGCUGAGGAGUAUGAGUUGUUAGUAGCGGAAGAAGGAGCUCAGGAAGGACAGCAGGAACCUAACAGUCCUGAAGAUGUAGACUACCCCGACGACUUUGAGCCCGAGGACGAGGAGAUCUUGACCCUUGACCUCCAGCAAAAGCUAAAACUCUCGGAACCUCCACAACGUAACCAAUGGGUGGGCAAUAACAACGGCGACAUCGAGUUCAAAUCCAGUGUGCCCUUGUGAUGCAGCGACACUGUACAGUGUACAUAAUACGCUCUCUACUUAAAUAAUGUAAAUAUUUUCACAAAAAUCAUCUGGAAAAAAAGAAAUAAAGCAAAAGUACUAAAUAGGCCGUCAAUGAUAAUGAAUCACAAAUCUGAAUGAACUGGUUUGGCAUAAUCCAAGUAUUUAUUGAUUUUUUUAGGGGGGGGGGAAGUUUUGCAUUUUCUUGAGAAUCUGUUCGCAGGGUAGAAGCUGUUUACAGCAGCUUAUAGCAAUGCCUAACUUAAAUUCGCUGGUUGUGGAAAGCAACCGACAAUCAUUCAUUUCAUGGGGGGGGGGGUCACUAUUGACAGAGGGUUUGAGUGGUCACCAAUCGCCAAUUUCAAAGUGAAUUUUUUGUUCCUCAUGGUUCUCCGGCCCCCUUUGAUUUGAUCGCCCGAAAAUGAAAAAGUAGUGUCUAUUUGUCAUUCUUUAUUAGUCUGAACAAUGAGUCAGGUGGAAUUGAUAUUAAAGAGUCAAGUUCUUUUACGUCGGUGUUAUCACAAAAACAGCUUCUCUUAUUUAUCCAAGGAAGUGUUAUUGUUUGUGGAUCCAGCCGAGGCAACUUUGUGUCCGUUUUCAAAACUAUUUGGUUUAAUCUAUAAAUAGGGAAAGGGUCCUUUAGGGAAGUUCGUAGAAAAUAUUCCAGCUAUAAAGUUACUGCAUGGAUGGGCAAUUU